UCAGUACUGACAGGUUUCCACUGCGUCGUCUGCCCAUUACACCGCCCCGAGGCAGAUAGCGCAGUCGGUAACCAUGUUCCCUUUUCUCGGCUUAGAGGUUGCCCUAGUGGCAAUGUUUGCGGGCUUCGUUAUGAUGCCAGCUAAGCGUAGAGUCGGUGACCAAGUGGUAGAGCUGCAGAAGGUGCACGCAGACCUGCAUGCUCAGUUGACCGCAAUUGAGCAAGCCGACAACUACCAGAAGGCCGCCUCCCUGCUGGCCUCUGACCCUCUGGCUCGCUUAAACAAGAAGUUGUUUUCUACCGCUAUGGGCCACGCCUGGGAUACCUACGUCUCCUUGAAGAAUCAAAUGGCGAGCGUCAGCAUGCACAUCGCUCAACUGGAGAUGACCAUGGAGCAGCCAGCUAUGAAAGUUCUCGUUUCCGACAAGUCUGGUCGCGUCAUGGAGCACCCAUUUAAGGACCUGGACUACGUCAACAAUGGCUGGGUCAACAAGUCGGGCAAGGAGCACAAGGCGCUCAAGCGGGAGAACCGGGAGCUGAACCAAGUUUACCAUGCCUUUCAGAAGGUCAACCGCAACCUGGAGGACGAACGUGAGGCGUGCCGCGAUGAGGCCCCGCCGGAGCAGAUUGAGGAGUUGGAGAAGGCAACUAACGACACCAUCACCGAGGGUGAGAACUUGCUCACAGACCUGAACACGCGGCUGCGUAAGGCUAUGUUGGUCGGGUUCGGGUCCGUGCAGGGCGCUAUGCUACCGCACCAGGCGCUGCCCUUCGCACCGGGGCUGCAGUUUGGGGGCAUGGCCCCGAUGAGUCAGGGCGGCAGCAAGCCGCCGCGGGCCCCAAAGCCGACAGAUCAGUGCCAUAGGUGCAAGCAGUUUGGGCACUUUGUGAACAUGUGCUUGAACCCACCCGCGCCACGCUCGUGGACCAAGCAGUGGGUGCAGCAGGGGUUUCCGUUGUGGUGGAAACAGGCAGGCGUCACACCGCCGCCGAGGGUCAUGCGAAAUCACCAAGGGGUGCUGGAGCAGCGGGCCUUUGUGACCGAAUCCGUCACAGCACUUCUGGCAGCAGGAGCUGUGCGGCAGGAGGCUGAGCAGCACUUCUGCUCUGCUAAGAAUUCACACCGCCUGUUCGAGGUUAAGCCUGAUGAGUUGCCGAACGUUUUAAAGGAGUUCAAUGUCAUGAAGGCACGUCUUGCUUACUACAUUUCGCUUGGCAGGGUGACUUGGGAGGCAGCGUGGACGGCAUGUGUUGAGCGCGGAUUUAGCCGGCAUCGUAUUAUUAAGAAUCGCCUGACGAACCGGCUAAAGCUGGAAACGGUUGAUUCGCUACUUCGUGUGGGCAUGUUGGGACCUGCUGCUGAUACCGGGGCGAAGCCACUGAUUGAUCAGGCUGCUGGGAUCUACUCGCGUAAGGGUUAUACAGGCAUUAUUCACAAGUUGUUUUUUGACGUUAGCAAAAUUAAUUUGAAUCCAUACGGAGAGGAUGAUAACGAGGAGGUUGCGACUGACCCAGAGAUUGAAGUACUGGUACAAGCAACAUACCCCGCUAGUGACGAUGAGGCUUUUAGUGACAGUGACUACGAGACCGACGUAGAACGAGAUACCGAUGAGUCGUCCGUGGAUGAGGAUUUUGUUGAUGAGGAGGAGGACGCGAAAGAGGAGCAGAAGGAAUGGGCGGCCGCGGCGGCCAAGGCGCUUGGCUUUCGCUGA